AUGUUUGCUGUUCAAGAUAGAAUUCUUACCUUCGGGGUGAGUCAGUCAAGUCAGGAGUCACCAAUCGAAGAGUUGAAAGAGCAGUCAGUGCAGUAUGAGAAUUCAAAGCCAUCAAAGACGGUCAUUGUAGGUGUUGGUCCUGCUGGGCUCGCCACAGCAAUCAUGCUUGCAAGACGUGGAUGGUCCAACAUCACUAUCUUUGACAAGCUGCCUCGCCCUCCGCUGUCAGGCUCACAAGAAUGGGGAGACCCAGAAAGGUCGUACAACAUCGGAUUGGACAUCAAGGGUCAAAACGCACUCAAGACUCUGGAGGUGUGGGACCGAGUUGAGCAGCAUUGUGCUGAUGUAAAGGGGAGGAUGGACUGGAUCCCCGGCAGCAAAAAUCCGCAGCGGGUUGAUUUCAUUCAAAAGUUUGGAUACUCGAUCAAAGUGAUUCAGCGAGACUGUCUGGCGGGUUGCUUGUUGGAAGAGAUCCAGGACAAGUAUGCUGACAAGAUCUCCGUCCAUUACAACGUUGAGUGUCAACAAGUGCAAUGGAGCAAAAAUGGUCAUGCUCGGCUGACCAUGUUGGACAAGACUUCAAUCGAAACCCCUUUUCUAGUCGGUGCUGAUGGAGCCAAUUCAGCAGUCCGCAGUAAUCUGGUCGAGUCUUCAAAGUUUGACCACGGAGAAGAGGUCGAGUAUGUCAAGUAUGAAGACGACAACGAAAGAGUCUAUAAGACUAUCUCCCUCGAGAUCCCCGAGAAUUUUAGAGACGACCUUGAUUAUAGUGCAGUCUGCUUGGACGACAUCAUCAUAGAUGCAUUGCCUCUGAAAGGACGUCGAGCCAUCGCAGUAGUUUUGUUUCGGCCCAACAACCAGAAAAUUUUACAGGCGAAGACAGGGAAGGAAGUGCAUGAUCUUUUCGCGAGUUACUUCCCAAUGUUCUUGCCCUUCCUCACAGCCGAAUCCUGUGACGCGUUUGCGCGCAAGCCAGUCCACAAGCUUCCAACCUUUCAGCACUGCGGGCCAGUCAUCCAUAGGAGCAACACUACUGUCAUGCUGGGAGAUGCCAUUCACACAGUCAAGCCCUUCUUUGGCUUUGGAAUCAACACUGCUCUCGACGACAUCUUCUGGCUCGAUCGGUGCCUGGACUCUCCGACCUUGAGACAGAGUCUGGUCCGGUUCUCUGAGAAACGAGGGCACGAGGCUGUUGCUAUCGUCGAAAUAUCUCGGGCCUUGGACCGUCCUGGUCUUACGGGGUUGUGCAACUUCUUCUUGCCGAUGCUGCUGGACAAGCUCUUCGAGGACCUGCUUCCUGGCGUGUUCGCCCCGAAUCUUCUCACGUACCUGCGUGCUCCGGGAGUGAGGUGA